AUGGCUACCGAUAGGACCAAUGCGACUUUAGUGGCUGAUCCGCCACCAAGGUACGGAUCACAAGAUCCUGAAGCGCCACCAACAAACUUGGAGUCACGGGAAGCACCGCCACCUUACCUGCCAUUUCCAGGAGCAAUAUACAAAGACCAGUGCCCAGUACAACCUAAAAUCCCAAUAUAUUUAAUUGUUCUUGGGAGUUUUGGAUUGCUCAAGAAUCUUCUGGAUCUUUGCCAACAAGUAUCGAAGGGUGAUACAGAUGAUUCGGACGAUUCGGAAGAUUCCGAUAAUUCGGAAUCUUCUAAAAGUAAUGACGUGCAAAGUUACGAGACCCUUAUAACUUGCUUUCUCAUUGCUUGGUUCAUUGCCGGUAACGUGUGGAUUUACAGUAUAUACAAACCAUCCUUUAAUCCAAUGGAUAUUAAGUACUGCAACCAAACGCUCUAUUUAUUUGCUUUUUGGAUUACUACAGCCGGGUACAUCAUUGUAGGUUUUUUCUGCUUCUGUUUCUGUUGUGUUGCUUGCGUAGCAGUCUGUGCGUCAGACAAUUAAUUUACCUAAAUUUGCUUCGUAACAUUUAACAAAUAUAAGGGGUAUUUGUAAGGCUGUCUAAUUUUUUAUAUAUUAGAAAUACUACUGUCUGUAACGAUAUCUUUAUUAAUUAUCAUUAAUAUGUAUUAUAAUGAUGCCAUUCAUUAAUGCUAAAAAAAUUAAAUUCUAACUACUACAGUUAUUAUAAUAUCAUGCUAUAAUUGAUACUUAGUCAAGCAAUCGUAUAGCUGUACUAAAAUAUCUCUUUAUGCGUUUAAAUUAUUACUUUGUAAUUGCCCUCAUUUUAAAAAUGAGCAAAUUUUUGUCCAUAAUCGUAUAUAAUCAUUGUAUCCUUUAAGUAAGUCGUGCUACAUAUCUUAUUCUUUUUCGAUAGUUAAAAUAAAUCAAUUAC